AUGCAUUCGACUUUGCAAGCGGAACUGAGGUUCACAAAGAUCCUUGGGUCCACUUGUCGACAUUCCGCCCGACGCCAAUCCAGCAAAACCCGCUCCUUCCAUACUAUAACUCGACUUCGCGCUUCUCAAGAGCCUCCAAAUAAUGCCAGCUCGAUCAGUGGCCGUAACCUCGGCGACGACUCAAACAGUCAUGAAUCUCGUACGGAGAUAGCAAAAGAACAGGCCAGAUUGGAAGAAAAGAAGACCUAUCCUACCCAGCAACAAUCAACGCCUGGCGAACCACCUCCCUCCGAAAAUGCGGAUCAGACACAUAAUCAGGGCUUCUAUGGCUCUUCUACGAGGAGACGACUACGGAGCCGCAUGAUGAAGGAUAUAGAGCCAGAAUAUCAAGCACCAGAAUGGUUCGUGGACAACAACAUUGUUCGCUAUGGAGAAAAAAGAUUAGCUACAGAAACACCUUCGAGGAUUCAAGUGAUGAAUGCAGAUUGGGAAGCCGGCGAUUUGUCAGAUCCAAUCGCUCCUCCAGCUCCAAUUGCACCCCCUUCGCGACCGCCAGAUGAGGAAAGGAGCGACGCAGGCCCCGACCACAUAAUGAGUAAGGAAGAUGUGGAAAAGCUUUUUGCAGAAAGGCAAGAGGCCGCUCGUAGAAAGGUCGAAGCUGUCAAGGCAGAAUUGAGCGAUAAAACGGCCAAAAGAUACUAUGUGGUCCGACAACAAUAUGAGGAGGUGGAACUGACCGCGAGAGGUCUGAUGCAAAGGACUCUGAAACGCAAUCAUCAAGGCGAAAUGGAGUCGUUUCGAGAGCAUCUCCUCUUACAAUAUGCUGGCAAAAAUGGCGAUAUAUUAUUAGACCAUAUCGUCCAAGACUUGGCUCUCAAUCUAGGUUGUGAUCUCAUGAUCCUAGAUGCUCAGGACAUUGCCGAUCUGAUCUACACUUCAUAUCAACAAUCUCGUGUGGCAAAGGCAGGCCGUAUGCUGAGUUAUGAUGUCUUCACAGAUGCCUUUUCCGAGUCUUCCAACCCUGGUGCGACACAACAAACUCGAGAGGAGGAAAUAGACGAUGAUGACAUUGCGGAUGAUUUUGAUGGACCGACCCCUGGAACUCCAAUGGGUAUGCCAAUGAUCGUUGGGAAACCCAUUACAAUCGACCUGAAGAACCUUUUUGGACUCCCUGGACGUCCAAAUCGGUCAGCCAUGCCAGUGUCGCCUGCCAAAGCAUUUUCCGACAUAUUGAACUGGAAUUCCGGCGCCAAAGCUCGGGAGACGCCUCGUCUCUUUGCUGGAAUUGUUGAUAGUCUCCUAUCGAGACUUUCGGAUCGGCGGGGUCUGGUGAGGUCAACUGAGGAAACACAAUCCAACGCCCGGUGGCGGCCACAUGACAGGGAAGUCGAGAGGCCAAAGGAUGCUUCGAUUAUACAUAUCAAGAAUCUUGAAUCAAUCCAAGAUGUCAAUAUCGGCCACCAAUUCCUCCAAGAGCUCUAUCGACAAAUUUCGAGACGAAGGAACUCAGGCGAAUGCAUUCUACUCAUCGGUACGGACUCUGCUCGCGAUGACCAUGGACCGUUCACCAAAGAACGCAUUAAUGACACUCAAACGGGGGAGCGAGAUGAGAUCUCCCAAAACAUCGUCAUUACUCCGGUGUUGCCAAAUACAGUUUCUAAGCUUGCGCUUCUCAAUGAUCGAAAACAACGAAUUGCGACAAUCAAUAUGAGGCAUCUCUGGGAAACAUUGCGAUAUCGAAACCCAUCCGUGUUGUCACAACUGGAGCCUGGAUUCUGGCAUCGUGAUUUCUUCGAUGACAUCUGCCAACAUGAUAAAUCAUGUCUAGAAGAACAAAUCUGGAGCUAUUCAUAUGUGCAACGAGUGGCAACAUACAUUGCUGGCUUUUGGAGCAGGGAAGGGAAUACUCACGACCGGGACUUACGGAACGAAUCGGACUCUCCUGGACCUCUUGAUAAGGUCUUACAUUACCCCAUCAUCACGGUUGCCACCCACCGACUGAAAGAAAGCGACGAGAGUAAGAUACAAUGGGCAGAAAAGCAGACAAAAGAAACCAAGGUCGAAAUUCCAGAACGACGCAAAUCCAAGGAUGACCCUCGACUGGCCUCAAUACGUGCUUCUGCCUCCAACUACGAAAAACGGUUAAUGGGCGGAAUCAUUGAAGCAAAAAAUAUUGCCACGACCUUCAACGAUGUCCAUAUGCCUGUGGAGACGAUUGACACUCUUCAGACUCUGACCACACUCUCCCUCAUCAGACCUGAUGCUUUCAAAUACGGUGUCUUAGCCUCAGACAAGAUCCCGGGUCUCUUACUCUACGGCCCACCAGGUACUGGUAAGACUCUUGCGGCGAAAGCCGUCGCCAAAGAAUCCGGCGCUACCAUGCUUGAAGUGAGCGCCGCAGACAUCAAUGACAUGUAUGUUGGUGAAGGCGAAAAGAACGUCAAAGCACUAUUCAGUCUGGCCAAGAAGCUUUCUCCAUGCGUUGUCUUCCUCGACGAAGCAGACGCCAUGUUUAGUGCACGCAGCAAUUCAGGCCGCCGCGUCAGCCACCGCGAACUGCUCAACCAGUUCCUAAAAGAAUGGGACGGCAUGAGUAACGACUCCGGCAGCGCUUUCAUCAUGGUCGCCACAAAUAGACCCAUGGAUCUCGACGACGCCGUCCUCCGCCGCUUACCACGCCGCCUACUCGUCGACCUUCCCACAGAACCUGACAGAUUAGAGAUCCUCAAAAUCCACCUCCGCCAUGAACGGCUCGCCGACGACGUCGAUUUAGCACUCCUCGCCAAAAAGACCCCCUUCUAUUCGGGAUCUGAUUUGAAAAACAUCUCUGUCGCAGCCGCAUUGAAUUGCGUGCGUGAAGAAAACGAACUUGCAAAACAACACAAGGGAGACGAACCGUAUAAGCACCCGGACCGGAGAACUUUGGGGUGGAGACACUUUGAAAAGGCCCUCGAGGAGAUUUCUGCAAGUAUAUCUGAGGACAUGAGUUCGUUGAAGGACAUCAAGAAAUUCGAUGAGCAGUUUGGCGACAAAAAGGGAAAGGCAAAGAAGACGCCGAAACUGGGAUUUCCGACUGCGCAGCAGGAAGAUGGAAAGGGUAGAGAUACAAUCAAGGUCAGGGAGUAG